AUGGAUAAGCGCAACGUGAUGCCAAACUACCCCCCUGCCCCCAGCACCAGCUACGGGGAGCAGUACUACAUCGUGAGAGUGGCUAACUUGGAUUUCGGAACCACGGAAGCCACCCUGAAGAGUUUCUUUUCGAGCUGCGGCGACGUCCACGAAUGCGUUAUUUCGCGCAAUAUCGACACCAACACCAGCCGCGGCAUCGGGCAUGUGAAGUAUCUCCGCGUGCGGGAUGCUCUGGAGGCCGCCCGCAACCUCAACGGCGAAGUGCUGGACGGGCGCACUUUGCACGUUUAUCUGCAUGAUAAGGCGUUGAGACGCCGUCUUGCCCAGCAGAUCCGCGACCGCGCGAAACGCCGCUGCGAGACCGCUUCUGCCGACAACAAGCCGCCCGCCUUCACCGUCAAGAUCACCAAUUUGAAUUACAAGAUCGAUGAGGAGGACUUGAAGAAGAUUUUCUCCGGCAUUGGCCCCAUUGCCGACAUCUACGUCCCGCGCUUACGCUACACGCACCUCAACAGGGGGUUCGCUUUUGUGAGAUUCCACCGCGAAGCGGACGCGCUUUAUGCGAUCUCUAAAUUGGAUAGAAAAGAGGUACAAGGCCGGAACAUGUGUCUUGCCAUGGCUAGACUUGGCGCGCCGCCCCCGUUCCGCAAAUAUGCCCACGGGACCUUCGACCGCUUCCGUCGCAGGAAGUUCUAG